UGUAUCUCAAGCCAAUUCUAAGCGUUAUUCGCCGGUUCGGGACAUUUAAGAAAAAGAAAAAAAAAUAUCAAAACCUAACUUUCAGCUGGUCCGAGAGCAAUAACAUCAUUGUUCCACUAUGGCUGAUGUUACUCCAAUAAUCGAGUCGUCUUCAGAGGACGUUCUAAAUCGAUUUGCCCGUAAAGGUGCUUUGAGGCAGAAAAACGUCCACGAAGUGAAGAACCACAAAUUUAUUGCAAGAUUUUUCAAGCAGCCUACUUUUUGCAGCCACUGCACUGAUUUCAUAUGGGGAUUUGGAAAACAAGGAUUCCAGUGCCAAGUCUGCUGUUUUGUGGUCCAUAAGCGGUGCCAUGAGUUUGUUUCGUUCUCCUGUCCUGGAGCGGAUAAGGGUCCUGACACAGAUGACCCCAGGAGCAAGCACAAGUUCAAGAUCCACACCUAUGGCAGCCCUACAUUUUGUGAUCACUGUGGGUCUUUACUGUACGGACUCAUCCACCAAGGGAUGAAAUGUGACACCUGUGAUAUGAAUGUGCAUAAGCAGUGUGUGUUGAACGUGCCCAGUCUGUGUGGGACUGACCACACCGAGCGUAGAGGACGUCUGUAUCUGAAGAUUGAAGUCACUGGGGAUGAAAUGCGCGUCACAGUGAACGAGGGAAGGAACUUGAUUCCCAUGGACCCCAACGGCUUGUCUGACCCAUAUGUAAAGCUCAAGCUCAUCCCCGAUCCCAAGAAUGAGACCAAGCAAAAGACUAAGACCAUCCGCUCCUCUCUAAACCCCAUCUGGAAUGAGUCCUUCACAUUUAAACUGAAGCCCACUGAUAAGGACCGCAGGCUGUCAGUGGAAGUAUGGGACUGGGACCGGACCACCAGGAACGACUUCAUGGGCUCCCUGUCCUUUGGCGUGUCUGAGCUGCUGAAAUCACCCGUGGGUGGAUGGUACAAAUUGCUGAACCAGGAGGAGGGUGAAUAUUACAACGUGCCCAUUCCAGAUGAGGAUGACGGGGAUUCAGAACUCAGACAGAAGUUUGAGCAUCUGUGUCAGCUCUCCAUCUGUUUACUGAGAAAAGCCAAGCUGGGCCCUGGUAAGAAAGUCACCCCUCUAGACGAUAACCGAGUCUUCCUGCCGUGCAAUAGCCUGGAUCAAGUCAAACUCACUGACUUCAACUUCCUGGCUGUGCUGGGAAAAGGAAGCUUCGGCAAGGUGAUGCUGGCAGAGAUCAAGUCUACUCAGGAGCUGUUGGCCAUAAAGAUCCUGAAGAAGGAUGUGGUGAUCCAGGAUGACGAUGUGGAGUGUACCAUGGUGGAGAAGAGAGUGCUGGCCCUGCAGGACAAACCUCCCUUCCUCACUCAGCUCCAUUCCUGCUUCCAGACGGUGGAUCGUCUGUAUUUUGUUAUGGAAUACGUCAAUGGUGGAGAUCUUAUGUAUCACAUUCAGCAAGUGGGCAAGUUUAAGGAGCCGCAGGCAGUGUUCUAUGCAGCAGAGAUUGCUGUUGGACUUUUCUUCCUGCACAAGAAAGGAAUCAUUUAUAGGGACCUGAAGUUAGAUAACGUUAUGCUGGACUCAGAAGGCCACAUCAAGAUUGCUGACUUUGGCAUGUGUAAGGAGAAUAUACAUGAGGGGGUAACAACUCGCACCUUCUGUGGAACCCCCGACUACAUCGCCCCUGAGAUUAUAGCCUAUCAGCCGUACGGACGAUCAGUGGACUGGUGGGCGUAUGGAGUCCUGCUGUAUGAGAUGCUGGCUGGACAGCCUCCCUUUGAUGGAGAAGAUGAGGAUGAGCUUUUCCAGUCCAUUAUGGAGCACAACGUCUCUUACCCCAAAUCCCUGUCCAAAGAAGCUGUAUCCAUCUGCAAAGGACUGAUGACCAAGCACCCGUCCAAGCGUCUGGGCUGUGGGCCGGAGGGCGAAAGAGACAUUCGGGAGCAUUCCUUCUUCCGCCGCAUUGACUGGGAACGGCUGCAAAACCGCGAGAUCCAGCCACCCUUCAAACCCAAAGUGUGCGGAAAAGGAGCAGAAAACUUCGACAAGUUCUUCACGCGCACUCAGCCCCAGCUGACACCCCCCGACCAGCUGGUCAUAGCCAACAUCGACCAGGCUGAGUUCUCCGGAUUCUCCUUCAUCAACCCACAGUUUGUUAACCCCUCCCUCAACAGCACAGCAUGAGGAGGGAAUGAGACAAGAAACCAAGAUGUCUCCUCCCUA